UGUGUGAGAGCUCCACUUUGGCCAACCUGAAUUCUUCAUGGUUGGGCUGAUAGGCUAUAUUUAGGAGGGCACGGUUAUAUUGAAGCGCCUACAGACCUGUGCGCCUGUAGUUUACUGUCUUCAGCCUUCCUGUCUGAAGAGAAUGGACGCCCAAGGGCUUAGAGAGGACCUCCGUCUGUUUCAGAGCACUCUGUUGCAGGAUGGACUCAAAGAGCUGCUGAAUGAGAAUAAGCUGAUUGACUGUGUCCUAAAGGUUGGGGACAGAAGCAUCCCCAGCCACCAGCUCAUCCUGGCAGCAUGCAGCCCAUAUUUCCGGGAGCUUUUCUUCUCUGUGGAUGGCAAGGAAGAGGACAGAAAGGAGGUUGUUUUGGAGAACGUUGAUCCUAAUGUUAUGGAGGUGAUCGUGAAUUACCUGUACUCGGCUGAGAUCGACAUCAACGACAACAACGUCCAGGACAUCUUUGCUGUUGCAAAUCGCUUCCAGAUCCCCUCGGUGUUCACGGUUUGCGUGAACUAUCUGCAGAAGAGUCUCACCAAGAAGAGUUGCCUUGCCAUCUACAGGCUGGGACUGACGCUCAACUGUGCCAGGCUGGCCAUGGCAGCGAGAGAUUACAUCGCCGAUCGCUUCGAGACCAUAGCCAAAGAUGAGGAUUUCUUAGAUCUCACCCCACCUGAGAUCUUUGCCAUCAUUGGCACUGAUGCGUUGAAUGUUGAAAAAGAAGAAGCCGUGUUUGAGGCUCUCAUGAGGUGGAUCAGAAAGGAUAAAGAAAAGCGAGCAAAAUCCUUGGAUGAGGCUUUUGAGUACAUUCGCUUCCGUCUACUUCCAGAGAAGUACUUCAAGGAAAAAGUGGAGAAAAAUGAGCUGAUCAAGGCUGACCCAGAGCUCCUCAAAAAGAUCAAAGUCAUAAAGGAAGCAUUUGCAGGGAAACUGCCCGAGGUGAAAAAGGGUUCAGGUGAUGCUGAGGGAGAUGAGGGGACACUGCCAGGUUACCUGAACAACAAUCGCAGGUAUGGCAUGCAUGCUAAGGACGUGAUCGUCAUGAUUAACGACACUGCUGCUGUGGCCUACGACGGCCAAGAGAACGAGUGCUUUCUUGCUGCAAUGUCUGAACGAAUUCCCCGAAACCACGUCAGCCUCACAACAAAGAAGAACAACCUGUACGUGCUAGGAGGACUGUUUGUAGACGAGGAGGAUAAAGAAAAUCCACUGCAGUGUUACUUCUACCAGCUGGACAGCCUUGCUGCUGAAUGGCUAGCCCUGCCACCAAUGCCGUCCCCCAGGUGUCUCUUUGCAAUGGGAGAAUUUGAAAACCUAAUAUUUGCUGUGGCGGGAAAAGACUUGCAGUCCAACGAGUCCCAUGACACCGUUAUGUGCUAUGAUACUGAAAAAAUGAAGUGGACAGAAACAAAGAAGCUGCCUGUGAAAAUCCACGGCCACUGCGUGGUCUCUGAGAAUGGCUUGGUGUACUGCCUGGGAGGAAAAACCGAUGAAAAUAAAGCAACCAAUAAGAUGUUUGCGUACAACCACAAGAAGUCAGAGUGGAAGGAGGUUGCUUCCAUGAAGACUCCUAGAUCCAUGUUCGGAGCAGUUAUCCACAAGGGGAGGCUCAUCGUUGCUGGGGGAGUCAAUGAAGACGGACUGACGGCAGUGUGCGAAGCCUAUGACUUUGGGACCAACAAGUGGUCGCCUUUCACAGAGUUUCCCCAGGAGAGGAGUUCAAUCAACCUGGUGAGCUGUGGAGGGCUGCUGUACGCCGUGGGAGGCUUUGCCAUGGUAGAGAACGAGAACAAGGAGUGUGCACCAACUGAAGUCAUUGACAUUUGGCAGUAUGAAGAGGACUCCAAACAGUGGAGCGGCAUGAUCAGAGAAAUGCGUUAUGCAGCCGGAGCCUCGUGUGUCUCCAUGCGCUUGAAUGCAGCCAGAAUGCCCAAACUGUAACGCGGGACCGUUGUGCUAUUAUUGUGUGUCAUGAUCAUUUUAUUUACAAGCUCCAAGCAGAAGAUGGUUUUUGUAGCUUUAAUAAUCAGAUAAUUUUACUAUCCAUGCUGACUUGUAGUUUGAUUAAAAUGUUGAAAUAUUUUCUCAUGUUAUGCAGCUAGGGAACUUGUUACUGUUGUGAAAGCUAUUAUCAAUCAUUCAUAAAAAAAAAACCCCACAAAAAACAAAAAACAUAGAACUUGGCUUAAAUAAACAGAUUUAAGUUUAACACUUAUUGAAAUAAAGUUUAUAUAUUUGAG